AUGAUAUCAGGAUUUCUAAGCGUGAAAAAGUGGUUGCUACGUAAGAAACAUCAGAUUGAACUGGCUCGGAAGAGAGGUUGGAAAGGGUACUGGGUCUGCUUGAAGGGUACGACUCUGCUUUUCUACCCUUGCGACUCUCGCGAAGGCCGCUCUGUGGAGGCAGCACCAAAGCACCUCAUCAUAGUAGACGGUGCUAUAAUGCAGCCUAUACCAGAACAUCCUAAACGAGACUACAUUUUCUGCUUGAGUACAGCAUUUGGAGAUGCUUAUCUAUUUCAAGCGCCGUGUCAGGUGGAACUAGAAAAUUGGGUGAAUAGCAUACACAGUGCAUGUGCUGCAGCAUUCGCUCGUCACCGUGGUAAAACUGGGACACUUCAUUUACUACAGGAAGAAAUAUAUAGACUCGAGAAAGCUAUCGAAUCCUUAGUAGCUAUGGUGGAAAAUGAAAACAUGUUGAAACAAGAAUGCUUUGAUCACAAAUUGAAGCACAUGGCAGAUCUCCAACAAUCAGUAGUGUCUGAUCCAGAAACUCGAGCUCAACUAGCUAUUCAAAUGUUACAAUGGGAAGAAAACCUUGAAAGGCUACAUUGCGAACAAUUCCGUUUGCGGUGCUAUAUGGCUAGCUUACAAAGUGGAGAACUUCCAAAUCCUAAAUCGUUGCUGACACACGUUUCAAGGGGCACCAAGAGUACUUUGAAUAAGCUUGGAGUAUUCACGGUGUCGUCGUUCCAUGCAUUUAUUUGCGCUCGGUCACCGUCGCUUCUCAACAACCUACUAGCAGGGCGAGGCGCCACCAAGCGUCGGGCUCCGAACUUAUCACGAUCGAACUCUGGCUCCAGCAGACGAUCCAUGCAGGCUCAUUGUAAGAUAAGCGGUCUUCUUGCAUGGAACCCAAAUUGGUGUAAACAAUUCUUGAUUGAGGACUCGUGUCACGUCCAGUCCACGCCUAUCCAAUCUGAUUUGGGUUGCGCUGUGAGGUCACGAUCUGCAAGUAAGCUGACAUAA